GGGAGUCCGACCAAUCCACCAAUCCGGGAAGCGCUCUCCAACGGUUAGGCUGUCUGAGCAAAGUUACGGGAAUACAUAAAUUGAAAUGCGCAACUUCAUGUACAGUAUUUGCAUCUUUCGGCUCGUCUGACCAAAGUUACGCCGACACAUACAUUGACAUGCGCACUUCGUGUACAGUAUUUGCAUCUUUCGGUUUUAUCCUGUUGAGCAGAAGACAAGAUGGCUGCAUUCUUUCCAGCUGCUGGGACCACUUUCGAAAAGAUCCAGGAGAAGUACGAGACGUUGUCACUGAUCGGAGAAGGAGGCAAUGGAGCAGUCUAUGGCGGGAUCAGAAGAACGGAUGGCUUGAUGGUGGCCAUCAAACUCAUCCCGAAGACACGGGCGCGGAUGUGUUAUUUUGUAAACGGCGACUAUCUUGAGGCUCCCUUUGAGGUGAUGCUGAUGCAAAAAAUCGGACAGAGAACAGGCAUUAUUUCUCUUUACGACUGGUACAGUCUGGACCAAGCGAUUGUACUGGUGCUGGAGAGGCCAGCGGCCUGCGUGGACCUCUUUGACUUCAUCCAGGAAAUUGACCAACUGGACGAAGCACAAGCUAAGCACAUCUUUAAGCAGCUUGUGGACGCAGCAGUCACGAUGAACGCUGCAGAUGUCUUUCAUCGUGACAUCAAAUUGGAAAACGUCCUCAUCGACACCAGCUCCGAGGUCCCUCGAGUCUGGAUCAUUGAUUUAGGAAAUGGCUGUUUUGGGACCUCCUUUGCCCACAAGAACUUCUUUGGAACCUCUGGAUUUGCUCCUCCAGAAGUUGCUGCACGUGGGGAGUACAAGGCCGACCCCACCACAGUUUGGCAGCUCGGGAUUCUGCUGUACGAAAUCCUCCAUCGUGCUCAUUUUGAACCGGUGGAGUUCUUCCCGGAGAGACGUAUUGACGCAAGGCUCUCUCAUGCCUGUCAAGAUCUCCUGAGCGCAUGCCUGACAAAAGACCCCGACGCCCGUGCCACUCUGUCUCAGCUUCAGCAGCACCCGUGGUUCCACUGAGGCUGCACGGAAGACCUCAGAUCGUCCCAUUUUAUUCAGGAAAUUCAUAAACUGUAUAUAUUGCUGCAUAACAUUUUUUAACAGUGACUACAUGCUCCAUUUUUAUACUGUAAUGGUCUGUCUGACUUUACGGUUUGGUUACAUUGUAACACUGUUGAAGAAUAUGCAUUGUAAAUAUUGUUUUAAAUAUGGUGUAUAUACAGAAAAAAAGCCCAAAUAAAGUAACU